ACACUUGACACCCUAAAUCCCUACAUCCUGCCCUACACCCUCAGGCCUCCACCCUCCUCCCGUCCCUAUCCUGCAUCCCUCUUGUCUGUCCGACUGGGUGUCCCUCUGUAGUGAGUCAUGAAGUGGCCUCUGUGGAGCCUGCUGCUGCUGCUGUGCCGGUGUACCCCAGGACAGAGUGGCUGCCAGGGGGACUGCCUGGCCUGUGGCCUCCUACUAUCCAACCCCCAGAGCCAGCAGCAAGCGUUCAAUACACUGUGUGUGUGUCUGUUGGAGUGUGACGGUCACGUCUCCCCUGCCCUCACCUGGGAUCUGUGUCAGCGAGCCAUGCUACCGCACUACCCCCUCCCACCAGACGAUGGCGCUGUGUCUAAGAGAGCAGAGGAAAAACUGUCCUUAAACCAUGGCCCCGUUGACCUGGAGUCAGAUGGGAAAAUGCUCUACUCUGCAGCCAUGGGGCUCUACCAGCAGGAUGGAGCGGACCAGGAAGACGAGGCCCUGGUGCGACGUGAUUCCCAGUACGACUCCUCUCCGCUGGGCUUGACCGCAGAAGGAGACUCGCUGGCGCUGGGUAUGGAGAGCAGGGAGGAGGAGGAGGAGGUCAGGAGGAGGAGGAGCGGCCAGGGGGAGGAAGGAGACUCGCUGGCGCUGGGUAUGGAGAGCAGGGAGGAGGAGGAGGAGGUCAGGAGGAGGAGGAGCGGCCAGGGGGAGGAAGGAGACGAGGAGGAUGCCGUGGUCCAGCUGACCAAGCGUUUCGGGGGCUUCCUGAAAGGUCGUCACAGUUACAGGAAGUUGAUUGGCGGCCCGGAGAGGAAGUCGCUGCAGAAACGCCUCGGAGGGUUCAUCGGGAUCAGGAAGUCGGCCAGGAAGUGGAACAACCAGAAGAGGGUGAGCCAGCUCCUCCGGCAGUACCUGGGGAUGACCGGCAGCAGAACCCCUGGUCGCGGUGUUGGGAGGUUCACUAACCCAGCCCAGGGCCUCAGGAGGCUACCCAGCCGGCUGUAGCCUUCCUUUCAUCCCCUGGGGCCUCUCUGCUCUUCUCGUCUCCCGUGCCUCCACCCACUUGGAUCUGCUCUUCUCUUCUCCCGUGCCUCCACCCUCCCAGGUACCUCCUAGAGAAAUAGAAUUACUAUAGUUUACUACUUGCAUACUAUUAUGUUGGUAUUCCAUCCCCAUUGUUACCAACAACGUGUACAGCUACAGCUAUGGGUACUGUGAACUCCCUCGUUCCUCAUCGGCCUUAUGAAGAAGAGUAAUGACAUCAUCAUUCUGAAACCCAUCCGGUGUCGUGUGAAGAAUAGUAAGGAAUGUUUCCUUCCGACUACUGCUCCCGACUACUGCCCCCGACUACUGCCCCCGACUACUGCCCCCGACUACUGCUCCCGACUACUGCUCCCGACUACUGCUCCCGACUACUGCCCCCGACUACUGCCUCCGACUACUGCCCCCGACUACUGCUCCCGACUACUGCCCCCGACUACUGCCUCCGACUACUGCCCCCGACU